CUGCCAGCCAGUCGGGCCUUCAAAGAUAACAAAGCUGACAUAAGAGGUGAAAUUCUCUUUGCUAGUUCGAAAAGGAUCACUUCUAUUUUGCUUCUAAAGAAGGGUAUAGCGUAACGAACAAGAUGAAGUCAGCGUUAGCAGUUCUCGGGAUGCUGUUGUCCAUCCAGUAUGCAUGUGGAUUCGGAAACAACUGGGGGACCAGUUCAGCUUUUAAUACACCAUCGACAGACCCAGAUCUCGACGUCAAGAUGUACUUCAACCAAGAAUGCGAGGACAAGCUGAAUGAACAGAUUUCGGAGGAGCUUAUUGCCAGUCAUAUUUACCUGUCCAUGGCGCACUACUUCUCCCGAUCAGAUGUUGCCCUGUAUGGCUUCCACAAGUUCUUCAAGGAGGCGUCGGAGGAGGAGAGACAACAUGGCCAGAUCCUGAUGGAUUAUAUGAACAAGAGAGGAGGUACUAUCAGUAUGACACCUACCCUCGACUUCCCACAUGGAGACAAGCUGACCUCUGGUGAUUGGAUCAGUGCCCUCAACGCGAUGAAGACAGCCAUGAAGCUAGAACACCAUGUCAACAGGAAGCUGGUCAAGAGUGUACACGCAUGCGCAGUAAAGCACGAUGAUGCUCAUCUCCAAGAUUUCAUCGAAGGUACCUUCCUGACUGAACAAGUCGACUCCAUCAAACAGCUCGGAGAUUACAUCGCCAAGAUGACGCGACUUGGAGACACCAUCGGUCUUCACAUGUUCGACCAGGACCUGCUCAAGUAGGAUCGCACACUUCAUCACUGAGAUCUCUGACAUUGACAUUCUUUUCUGCAAAUCUGUGAUAUUGUAAUUUCGACUUGUACAUUUUCUUGUGCAUGACAACAUUAUCAAAACAUGAACCUCCACCAUAACAGGUGGAAUUCAUAAAACAAAACGACAGGCGGCGGAUCAAGAGAACAAAUGAUCAUUGAAGGACUGAUUUCCUAAUUUGCUCGGUCAGCAGACAAAUUUUAAUUUAUUUUAUGUAUAAUGUACAGCUCACUGUUGGUAAACUAUACUUAUGGCCUUGACUGUGAUAACCGAUGACCUGUCAAGUACUGUUGAUUAACUAACUAUAUACAUAUGUCUCUACUUUGUUCUUCUUUCACCACUAUAUGUCGAUUUAUGGAAAACCGAGGAUAAAAAACCAAGUUGAAUUUGCUCUACUGGUCACUUGGAAGAACAUUCGACAUAUAUUUGCAUAAUCAAUGAAACAAUACUUGAAAAUAAAGUUUAUUUGCAAAA